GCUCUUCCCAGGCUGCCCCAGCCCGGCUGUGCCCAGGGGGACCCGGGACCCCCGGGGCAGGGACGGACCCUCUGCCCCUCUGCGGGCGAUGGGGCAGCACCCAGCGCCGCGUGUACAGAGUUGCGUAACGGGUGCCAAGCGUUCAUUAGAGCUGCGUUCCUGCAGCGUGUUUGAUGUUAAACUAAUGCAGACGUUACUGCGAUAACAUAAAAAUAUGUGAUGCAUUUGUCAGAGGAGGAAAAGGACCACCCCAUGCACGGUGCCAGAGAGGCUGAAUCCCAGGUUUGCCGUCGCUUGCCAGGGACUGCGAAUGCAAUGAGCGAGGAAAACUCCUUAUGCGUUACUGUUCCUGUAGAGACUUUGUUGCUUCACCUCAGAUCUAUGUGACUCUGGUGGAAGGAUCAUGACUGAAGUCCUCUUCUCUGCUGCUUUGAAUGGAACUGAACCCAACCUGUUAUCCAGCAGCGGCUGGUCUGCGGGAAACGCCACCACCAAGUGUUCCCUGACCAAAACUGGCUUCCAGUUCUAUUACCUGCCCACUGUCUACAUUCUGGUCUUCAUCACUGGGUUUUUGGGAAACAGCGUGGCCAUCUGGAUGUUUGUCUUCCACAUGAGGCCUUGGAGUGGCAUCUCGGUGUACAUGUUCAACUUGGCACUGGCCGAUUUCUUGUAUGUCUUGACGCUGCCUGCCCUCAUCUUUUACUACUUCAAUAAAACAGACUGGAUCUUCGGAGAUAUCAUGUGCAAGCUGCAGAGGUUCAUCUUCCAUGUGAACCUGUACGGCAGUAUUUUGUUUCUAACUUGCAUAAGUGUGCACAGGUACACGGGAGUGGUGCACCCCUUGAAGUCGCUGGGGAGGCUGAAGAAGAAGAACGCGGUGUACAUCAGCACCCUGGUCUGGGUCAUUGUGGUGGCUGUGAUUUCUCCAAUACUGUUCUACUCAGGAACUGGGAUAAGGAGAAAUAAAACCACGACGUGUUAUGACACAACGGCCGAUGAUUACCUGAGAAGUUACUUCAUUUACAGCAUGUGCACCACAGUGCUUAUGUUCUGCAUCCCGUUCAUACUGAUUCUUGGUUGCUAUGGGCUAAUUGUGAAAGCUUUGAUUUACAAAGAUUUGGACAAUUCUCCUCUCAGGAGAAAGUCUAUUUACCUGGUUAUUAUUGUGUUGACAGUCUUUGCUGUGUCUUACCUUCCCUUCCAUGUGAUGAAGACCUUAAAUCUAAGAGCCAGGGUGGAUUUUCAGACUCCACAAAUGUGUGCCUUCAACGAUAAGGUUUAUGCCACUUACCAAGUGACGAGGGGUCUGGCCAGCCUCAACAGCUGCGUUGACCCUAUUCUUUAUUUCCUGGCGGGCGAUACCUUUCGAAGGCGGCUUUCCAGGGCGACCAGGAAAUCGUCCAGAAGAAGUGAACACAACGUGCAGUCCAAAAGCGAGGAAAUGACUCUCAAUAUUUUAUCUGAGUAUAAACAGAACGGAGAUACAAGUUUGUGAACGAAUGCAAAAGAUUUAGGAACAGUUUGAAAAAAAUCCUCUGCUUUGAGACAGUGGGACGCUGUAGUGCUUGAGUGCGUGAGGAAAAUCUACCAGUCUCUCAAAUUCGUUUUAGGUAAAGCCUCAUUUUCUGAUCUUAGAAAAAGCGUAACAAAGUCAGCAGAAGAAUUUUAAUGGAAAAUAACGUGUCAAAAUUCAGCCUUCCUUCUCCUUACAAUAUUCUCAUUUCUUUCUGACUUGUGUCAGAUAAAGUAAAAUGAAGUAAAUCCCCUAAAGGAAGAAAGCAAUCCAAGUGCUUCUGUUUUAAUGACUUAGUCUCCCACAUUCGAAAACGUUCUCAAUCAGCCUCUCUUUAAAAAUAGGAAAUAAAAAUAAGAGCGAGCAGUAUCUUCUCUUCUGAGGCUUAGUCCACAUACCUAGCCUUUUGCUCACUUGCCGUCGUAAACAAGUGUUUAAAUCAAAGUCACGAUCCAGUUAUCUCACUUUUACAGUUCUAUUAUUUCUUCAUCUACUUCUAGUGUUGGUAAUUAUUUGAUAGUUUGGUAGCAUUUAUGACAUUUAUGAUUCAGUCUUCUUUGAGUGCCGGUGUUUUACAAAAGGUAGGCUUACUGAUGUGUGCAUGAUUAUGCUUUCAGAUUACGAUGGUUGUUCGUGAAAAACCUGGACCCCCUUAAAGGCAAAUUGGCUUCCAGGUGAACUGACACCUCAGCCACUGGCAGAUAAGCAGGUCUCUCUAGGAACUGGUGCAAGCAGGCGCCUGCUUUGCACAUGCACGUAGCGGUGCGUUUCGUGAACAGAUGUCGGCAUGCAAACGCAUGCGGAGGUGAUUUGGUUCUGAGCAGCUGAAGGUCUGAUCCUGUCUUCCGUGCUGAGGAAAACCAGCGGGUUGUCAGCCGGAGGAGCCACAGGACAGGGCUGAGCACGGACUGGGCUCACCUGGGGAGCGCCUGCGCGAGCUCUGCGGAGCCGGGGGCGAGCCGCCCUUCCCGAAGGCUGACCAACAUCUCGCUGCAGCGUGAACGCUUGACUGCCGGUGUUGGGAGCCUUGCUGGAGUUCUUUACGGGUAAAACAUGAGAAAUGUGUGUGCUGAAAAUAACUGUACCUUUCAGACAAGUUGCUCAAGUUACUUGUGUUUUCAUUUGGUACGAGAAUAUUUCUGUUCCUGUCACUCUUUAGAGAUAACGUUAAGAGUUGUUUCCCAAGAAAAUAAUUAUUAAAAUGGAUAAUAUAAAUGUUUUAUAUAUAUAAUAUAUAUAAUAGGGGGGAAUUAAUUUUUUUGUACUGUGACAAAUAAAUGACUAUUAACAAGGUAUUGCAAUAUACUACAGACUAAAUCUGGCCCUUUACUAUGUAUCUUCUCCAAAUGUGGAAUAGGUCAUCCAAAAUUAGCCAAACUGCAAUAUUGUGUAACGCGAAAGCUAGUGAUCAGAGCACAGAGGAAAUCUCACAUAGGCAGUCUUAUUCAUUUCUCAUAUUUCUAAGAAAUGUAUUUGAAAAUAUUGUGUGCUAAAAAUGUUAUGAAAGCAUGCUCUGAAUUAUAAAUCUAGUGUACAAAAUUAAGUUCUGUAUAAUCCUAAGGGUGAUUUUAAUAGAUCUUCAUUCCUCCAGUCUUCAUAGUAAGAGUAAAAUAUUUAUAUUUUACUUACUGAUUUCCAGUGAUUGGUACCAAACAAGAAUAGCUCUAGUUAUUUUUUGACAACAUUGUAAAGUAGCUUCUGUUCACACGUACAGCUUCUUAGUCUGCAAAAUCCCUAUUUAUUGAACUUAUUUAUUAGAAAGCUAACUGUAAAGUAUGUAAAGUGUGGUUCUCCAUAUUCAUAUUCAGAAUUGGGCAUUAAUGGAAAAUUUAACAGCACAUUUCAGUCACUGUAAUACUGUGUCUUCUAACAGAACCUCUUUAUAAUAAACUCAAUUCCACCCUGGCUAUUCACUGUUGAUAUGUAACCUAGUGAUAAAUUAAGCUACUGAUUUGUAGCCUAAAGAUAAAUUAAACUGCUGCUUAGGAAGCAUGGCUUCUUAAAGCAACAUUAAGAUCCCAUUUAGCUCUAUAAGAUGAAAAAUGUAGAGGUAGUGAAGAAAUUCCAACCAAGGGUCAAUUGCUAAUUAAUCCCUACUGACAAAAGGCUGUGGAACAGCGCAGCCUAUUUAUAUCACCAGAGAAUGAGCCUGAUUCUCAAUAAAUGACUUCUUCUAUUAUGUGAUUAUUUGAGAUUUCAUUCAACCGAGGCAUGUCUUGUUUGGAAUGGCAGAUGAAUUAAAUGGGGAGAGAGCAUAAAAAUAGGAUAUUCUCCGAAUCUGCUUCUCCAGGUUCAAAAUCGUAUUCAUUUCCCAGGAUUUCAUGGUCUAUUUCUCUUUUUCACUUAGGAAAUAAAAUGUUCCACUAAUCCAUGUCUGAAAAAAGAUCCUAAACAGACACAGCAGAAUGUAAAACCAUACACCCAGGUUGGUCCUUAUGUAGUUACUUACAGUCUUUUUGCAAUAUGUCUCUUUAAUAUGGCAAAGUUGGCUGACUAUUACAGUGUGUAUGAAAUCCAAGUGCAACAAAACUCUACAAAACUAACCAGCUGUAGCAGGCUGGGCAUGCUGCAGGAGAGACCCACGGCCCGGACAGACACCCUGCCAGGGAGAUCCACCUUCUGGAGCUCGUUUCGGCCACCUCUGUUCCAGCAUCUGCCCUGCAGUCUUCUGGGUCUUGUACACCUGCAAUGUUUUUAUGCUUUCCUCGUGAACCGUUGGACACUCUCUGUUUCAUCUUGCCUCACUGAAGGGAGCUGUGCAACCAGCCAGAUUAUUCACCCAGUUCAUUACUGAGGUCUGUUCUGAUUAUUUAAUGAAGAUCUCUUCUGAUCAGCCUUGGCAGGCAACUGCACUUGGCAUCUUCACCUCACAGAAGUGUAUGGGAGCCUCCCACCAAACACCGAGAAGGAUCAUUAAAUACAUUUUACACACAGUUUAUUUUCCAUCUUCCCGAUCCUAUGACCUGCAGUGCUAACACCUCAAACCGCAUCCUGCUCUGAUGUGACUCCCUGCUGUACACAUACUGAGAUGUCACAGCCUCCUCUGAAUCCAGCUGGAACUUGAAGCUGAGCCUCAAAACAUCAUGUAAGGUUCCCGGUCUUUUUUAGAAGUAUUGCUGUAUUUGACAUGGGGCAGUUGGAGCCACUGCAAAAUCAUGCCAGAUUCGUAUCUCCUCCCAGACGCUUACCUUUUACCUGCAGCAUGACGGAAUUGUGUCUGUUGGGCCACCCCAUCAGAGGGGAAGCUGGUCAGAUGUGGGGGGAUUGGACACCACUGGGACAAAGACCAAGCAGUUCUUCUCCAGGCAGCGUGAUGGCUGGUGCCGUUAGCUCCUGGGGAACUUGGCAAGACUGUUCUUAAAUAUUUGCCUUUUGGCACUUAUCCUUACUAUAAUAUAUUUGUGGAAGACAGUCGGUCCACCAGCCUUAGAGGCAAAAGGUGAUCAUCCCUGUGUUUAUACGUAAACAUCUGUGAUGGGUAUAGUCGAAGAAGUCUUUCUAUAAGCCACUCAACUGGAGUUUCUUUCUGACCUAUCAAAUAUGCAAAGAGAAUGCAAUCUCAGCUGCAGCCUUUGGCCUGUUAAUUAAUGAUCAAGGACGACAAUGGGUUGCGUUCACUAGGAACGAGAUUCAGCUCAUCAUCUCACUACAGGAAGACCACCUAAAAGAUCCACCUUCCCUCAUUGUGCUGCAUUAGCCUUCAACUAACAAAUGAGAUGAAACAUUUUAUGAUUUCGUGGUUAUGCUUUUAACCUAUUUUUCCUCUGGGUAUAUUUGGGAAUCUUAACAACUACAAAUCAUUCACUGAAGAUGCCAAAAGGUUUGAAGUAAAUAGUUAUUUAGAGCUUAAGUUUUGCCAAAGCAUUCUACAGUGAUCCACGCUGAAACAAAUUAUUAUUCAUUAGCUAUAUUUUGCUUCCUCCAGCUCAUAGGGUUAAUUUUUUUCUCAUUUAUGUCCAUAACUCCCACAUACGGUACUCUUCAACACAAAAUGAAAUCAGUAUGAAAUAUACACAUGAUCUGCUCUCAGUUUGUGUAUUUUCAUAACAGCAUGCAGGAUUUUUUGUUUUAAUCCAGUUCAUCCGACACCAAGUUAAUGAAAUAAUGAUCAGACAUAGGGAACCAGAAGGAUCUUGCCUGACCCUGCUUUGAGCAGGAGAUUGCACUAAACGCCCUGGUAAGCUGCCUCCCAGCGCGAAUUCCCCUGCAGUCCUGUGGAAGGUGACUGUGGGAAGCUGCAGGGCCAUUUCUGCGGCCGAUGGCCCAUGAGGGAGGGACUGCUGCAGAGCAUCCCACCGCCUUCCUGCUCACAGCCAAGGGCAGAAGCUGAAGAUUUGUGGGCUCAUAGACAUGCUGUAAUAGCCCAAAGAGGGAUCAUGCCAGGUUUUCUUGAGCCUGGCAUCCUUCCCUUCGCUUUCUUGAUGAGGAAGGGCAAGGCGGGGCGACACAGAAGGCUCCAGGCACCCCGGGGUGCAGGAGCCUUGUGGAGCAGGAGCCCCAGGGCGCGGGCACUGCUUCUGUGGCUGCUUCAGCUACAGGGCUGAGUCCUUCUAGAGCCCCCUGAGUGUAACACGCUUGUUCUGCUUGCUCUGGUCCCACCGAGAGCCGGGCAGAACAUGUGAUGGAAAGGGCUGUUCUUCCCCGCUGCCACACACGGACAGUCCUACCUGGAAAGUCAGGUCUGUAGCUGUUAAGCACACUGGCCCUGGGGGUGCCAGGAGACAAAAGAACUGCUAAUUGCCUUUCUGGGAUUCUUUUUUUUUUUUUUCUUACUAGUUUUUGUAUUCAGAUUGGUCCAGAACAAAAACAUUAAUAAAGUGUGGUAUGUCUUAACACAGGUAUUACUUACUUCUGUGAUAAGCUUAUUAUUUUUCAAGUCUAUACAUUUGUAUUUCUUACCUGCAGUAGUUGGAGACUAACUCUGGAAAAAUUUUUGAAGGAAUCUAUAGGCCUGAAGUUGAAUUUGAAUAUUAAAAAAAUGUAUUCCAAGCUCCUGAGCAGCCACAUUUGACAGCUGCCAGUUGCAAGCGGGACGGUGCAGGUAGAGCUGCAGGGGUACGCUGGCCCUCAGGUAUAAGUUGGUUUGGCCCUACACUAAAAGCCCUUAACUUAAAAAAAAGUAAUAAAACCAACAAUUAUAGUUGCUUGAAUAGGACUGUUUCACCCUACUUACAUUUGCUGUAUUAUUCCUAAUUUUAGGUGCUUUGCACUGAAUCAAAGCCUACCACAGACUAUUACUUCUGGAGCCUAACUGUAUUGGCACAGUAAUUUCAAAUACUUUGGGGACAUAUGACUUGUGAAUUAAAACCACUACUUAUUUUGUGGCUAUGAAUUACAGUGUGUUUCAAGGAUAUACGUGAAAAUGUUUAUUUUUCUAUUGUACUGUGAUUUUAAUAUUGCUAAGUUCAAUUUUUGUGUAAAUACUAGUGAAAUUUGACUGCAAUAUCUGCAGAGACAGUGCUACUUGGUAUUUAAGCUCAGGCUAUGUAACCGCUUUAAUUAAAUAGUAGUAAAAAAAGCCCCUUAUUUGUCUACUAUUUUAACGAAUAAAAGGAUUUUGUUUUUUAAUAAAGCAUGGGGUUGUUUGCAUGUACAUUUACUGUUAGGCAUGGCUUUUGAAGUUGUAACUAUUUUUAGUGGCAGCAGAAUUGCAGCCACAGAGUUACUGGCACUGUACCUAGCAACCUCACUUUGAAACUGCUCCAAUAAAAUUAUGAAACACUU